ACAGCUCUGCCGGCUACCGCUUGUAUGAAUAUUUUGGAGUGUGGACUAACCGGUAGGCGGCAGCAAGAAAGCUCUUCAAUGGUGACUCAAGUGUUGAUAAUGCUCAACAUCCUCACUCCUCGCCGCGAUUCCUAUUCGCCCAGAGCAUUUCUCUUCUUCUUCUUGCCCACCACCUUAGCUCUCCUCACCUCUCUCUUCGUUCUCAUCUACAUCUCCUUCACCUCUUCUUUCUUCUUCGCUCCUCCCCACCAUUUCUCCCACUUUUCUAAUGCUAAUGGACCCUCUUUACAGCUACUCUCCGAUUCUCCUAACCAUUCCGUUCCUGAGUCUCCAAUUGCUGAUGCUAAAGAGAGAGUUGCUGAUGAUCAGAUUAUUGAGAGAUCAAUUCAGGGGGCACUGAGAUUUUUCUCCAAUUCGAAUGGAAGCUCUGUGAAUGACAAUGAGGUGUUCUAUGAUAGAGAUAUCUUUAUGGAGAACUAUAAGGAAAUGAAUAGGAGCUUGAAGAUUUAUGUUUAUCCUCACCAGCAAGAUGAACCCUUUGCCAAUGUGCUCUUGCCAGUUGAUUUUGAGCCAGGGGGAAACUAUGCUAGUGAAAGUUACUUCAAGAAAGUGCUUAUGAAAAGCCAUUUCGUAACAAAAGACCCUCUCGCUGCGGAUCUCUUCUUUCUUCCUUUUUCAGUUGCUCGUUUGCGGCAUGACCCCAGAGUGGGGGUCAAUGGAAUUCAAGACUUCACGAGAAGCUAUAUAUCCAACAUUAGUCGUGAGUACCCUUACUGGAAUAGAUCUGGUGGGUCCGAUCAUUUUUAUGUUGCUUGCCAUUCCAUCGGUCGUUCUGCCAUGGAGAAGGCAGCUGAAAUUAGAAUUAACGCCAUCCAAGUUGUCUGCUCGUCGAGUUAUUACCUCUCAGCUUAUGUUCCACAUAAAGAUGCAUCCUUACCACAGAUUUGGCCAAGGCAAGAAAGGAAUCUGGAUCCGACGCUAUAUAAAAGGAACAAGCUGGCAUUUUUCUCGGGAUCAAACAAUUCUCCAGUACGCGAAAGGCUUCUGCAGUGUUGGGGAAAUGAUUCUCAGAUCUCUGUGCACUUCGGUCGGCUUGACAGAAGAACUUAUGCCGACGAACUUUUGGGUAGCAAAUUCUGCCUGCACGUCAAAGGAUUCGAAAUAAACACAGCUCGGAUUGGUGAUGCGCUGUAUUAUGGAUGUGUCCCUGUUAUCAUCGCCAAUCAUUACGAUCUUCCAUUUGCAGACAUAUUAAACUGGAAAAGCUUCUCAAUUGUUGUUGCUACAUUGGAUAUCCCUCUGUUGAAGAAAAUCCUUGUAGGUAUAAGUGAUGAUAGAUAUACAAAACUGCAAAGCAAUGUGAUGAAGGUGAGAAAACACUUUCAAUGGCAGAUUUUCCCUGUGGAUUAUGAUGCAUUUUAUAUGGUCAUGUAUGAAUUAUGGUUGAGACGAAGUUCUGUGAGGCUGCAAUAGAUUAUAGAUGUUAUACUCCAU